UCUAGAAGAGCGCAGGGCAGUAUGAGACAGUGCGCAACGGCAGAGGAUGAGGGAGUGAUAUUCCGAGUUGAUAGAGGGUAGUGUGUUUUACUUCCCCACAUGAAGGAGGACUCUUUAACAAAAGAACCACAUCUCCAGUCUUAUCUUUCGACUUGUUGAAGGCGCGCGUAAAAUUUGGGCAAAAAUGGUGACAAGCGCCUUGCCGACAAUAAUGACCCUCUUGUCCUGGUGUUACUGCGUGUUGUCCACGCAGGUCGCCUUCUCCAACUUUUCCAUGGACAACGAGGUGCGCUCCAGCUUCAUCCAGCGGCGGCUGCGGAGCCAGGAGCGCAGGGACAUGCAGCGGGAGAUUCUCUCCAUCCUGGGGCUGCCGCAACGUCCGCGGCCGCACUUCCACACCAAACACAACGCUGCCCCGAUGUUCAUGCUGGACCUGUACAACACUAUCUCCACGGACACAGGGCCACAGGGAUAUUCUUAUUACAAGCCCGUUUUACCGACCCAGGCCUCCCCCAUGGUGACCCCUCAAGACAGCCGCUUCCUAGAUGACGCAGAUAUGGUGAUGAGCUUUGUCAACCUCGUUGAUCAGGAUCAGGAUCUCCUCUACCAGCAGCACCGAAGGGAAUUUCGUUUUGACCUUUCACGUAUUCCAGAGGGAGAGGCCGUCACCGCAGCAGAGUUCAGGAUUUACACGGAUUUCAUCCAGGAACGCUACGAGAAUGAGACAUUCAGAGUCAGCGUCUACCAGGUCCUGCAGGAGCCUCCAAAUAGUGAAGUGGAGCUGUUGCUGCUGGACCAGCGAGAGGUUUGGGCUGCAGAGGAGGGCUGGCUGGUUUAUGACCUGACCACCACCAGUAACCUCUGGCUGGUCAACCCCGAGCAGAACCUUGGACUGCACCUGGUUUUGGAGGACAACCACGGACAGAGGAGGAAUCCCCAACUGGCGGGGCUGGUGACGGGGAGUGGGCCCCAGGACAAACAGCCCUUCAUGGUUGUCUUCUUCAAAGCCAGUGAGGUGCAUUUCCGCAGCAUCCGCUCUGCCCAUGGCCACAAAGGUCGGCAGUCCAAUCGCUCCAAACCUCAGAGGACUGUUCAGGAUACACUAAAGGCAGUGGAGGCUGCAACAGAUAACCUUGGCAUGUCUAAAGAGGGAUGCAAAAAACAUGAGCUCUAUGUCAGUUUCAGAGAUUUGGGAUGGCAGGACUGGAUCAUAGCACCAGAGGGGUACGCAGCAUACUACUGCGAAGGGGAAUGUGCUUUCCCUCUCAACUCCUACAUGAAUGCCACUAAUCACGCUAUUGUGCAAACUCUGGUGCACUUUAUCAACCCGGAGACGGUGCCCAAGCCCUGCUGUGCCCCAACGCAGCUCCAUGGCAUCUCGGUGCUCUACUUCGACGACAGCUCCAACGUCAUUCUCAAGAAGUACCGUAACAUGGUGGUCAGGGCCUGCGGCUGUCACUGAUCACUUGUUCCCCCCCCCCCCUAUGAGUUUUGCAAAUCUGGAGGGAGGCUUAAAAAGGCAGAGGUGGAGGAAGCAGAGACAAGACGAUUGACUGCCUGGUCACAAGGGAGCUCCUGCCACAGAAUAAGUUUUAUUCUGGGAGACUGUUUUUAUGAUCGGCAGCUGAGCCGCCCAUGCAGUAUUAACCACUACCGCAGCCCGAUCACAACUAUUGGUCACAGAGAAAGACUGAACAAAGGAUUUCCUUAGUUUCCUUUUAGUGUGAUGAGAAAAAGUGCAUUAAAAGGACUCAGUAUGGAGGUACUUCAGAGGCUAAAACAAAACAUGGAUUUCUAAAGACGUAAUGUAAAAAAGUUUCAACCAUUUUCCCCAUUUCCAGAGAUCAUAUGAUGUACUACACGUAACUGCAGUUCAAUUCUCUUUUGACUUCAGGCACGAGAAUAUAAAAUGUUGCCUGGGUAGAAAUGUGCAUUCGAUAACGCCUUACACAGCCCAUAAAACUUUAAAUCUCCACCUUCCUGUUGAACCACUGCACCUUGUCUUUUGGAACAGCUGGAUGAACUUCCUGAUCAGAAAAAGUGUUCUGCAGCAAACCUCACUGGUGUUGAAGUGGUUGUUAGGAAGGCCAGUUGGACCAGGUCAGGUGUAAGACAUCUGGCAGCGUGUGUGUGUGUUUGUGUGUGUGUGUGUGUGUGUGUGUGGGCGUGCGUGCGUGCGUGCGUGCGUGCGUGUGUGUGUGUGUGUGUGUGUGUGUGUGUGUGUGUGUGUGUGUGCGUGCGUGUGUGUGCGCUGCUGCUGAUGUGGACGAACUCAGUGGAGAAUGACAGCCAAGACUGUUAAUAACAGUGUGUGGGAUUGAAAGCUCUGGCUGUUGGACCUGGUUUCCUGGUGCAGACAUAUAUCACCAGGCCUGUGAAAGGCAUACAGUCUGCAAGAUGUCAGUGAUUCAUCUUUAUGACGUGGCCAUCAGGGUGUGCACCAUCACCCCCGACUGCAGCUGCCUUCUUGGAGUCGGAGCAGAGCUGCAGGUGAUCAAACAGAGGCUGUAAUUUCCUUUUGUCAGAUAUAAGUAGUUGAAUAAAUGGAAAAUGAUCAAA